AUACAUUUCUUUUUGCAUUUAAAUAUGCAUGAUAUGCGUAUAUAUGUGAAAACUAAGUAUUUUCGUUAAAAAAAACAAAAUUAAAAAAAAUGUUUACACAGGACACCUUAUCUACUGUGUUUAUAGAAAUUGCUCAGAUUUAAAUAUGUGUUUAUCUAUAUUUAUUGUCAAACGUAUGUAGAUAAAAUUAAUCAUUUGAUGAAAGGACACCUGUUCAAAACACCGCGUUUUAUUAACACAUAAAUAUGUACGAGAGUGACAACUUUGGAUAUUCCAUAACGGAUUUCAUAGAAAAAUACCAAAUGCGACUUCCUAUGAUGGCAGUGGUAAUCCAAGGUUUCUUUGGAAGAACUAAAAAUGAUACUGUCAGCACCGGUCAGUUACUACGAAUCCACUGUGUACAAACGAUCCCAAGAGUCAAAGCUAAAAUAGUUGAUGACCAGGAAGGACGUUUCCAAAAUAUAAAAACUAUAAGUUUACCUGUGAGUUCGAAACAACCAAUUUAUGUGCAAACAAAAAAAGGUAAAACCAAAUCCCUGAUAGAGAUCAGUAAGAAAGGGGAAUUCCCUUGCAAGAUUACAUUAACAGACACAUAUUAUCUCAAUCAACGUGAUAAUACCUCUUUGCGCAUAGAUCCCUCUGUAUCGCUGGUGUUAGAAGGACAGGCCGACUUACGAUACCUCCUGGGCAAUCCGGUUACCGGAGUGGAAUUACUAAAUUAUCCUGUUAUAUUGCCGGAGUACAUUCGAGAGUUGGAAUUAGCAGCGGUAAUUGGAAUCAAAGGAUUUGAUUACAAACAAUGGCAACAGCUCCAAACAUAUAUGUCCGAUGUUGUUAAAAGAUAUGUUAGGUUUGAACAGGAAACUUUUCUCGGAGGUCUGAUAGCCCUGUCCGAGUUAGACACCUCUACAUAUACUAACCAUACAAAUGAAUAUUUACAAUGCAUACCGUCAGAAUAUGACAAACGGCAAGGAUCGUCUCUGAGUUCUUAUAUUCCCUUAAAACAACACGCAACAAGUGAAAAUGUGUAUGAUGUGAUACCAGAUAACAGACAUGCUGACUUAUCUACACUAUCCAGGGAGUGGAAACAAAGACUUAAUAUUACAGUUAAAAAUGAACCAGUUCAAAUUCAAUAUACUGGGCAUCAAGCAAUAGCAGCAUCUAUGCCCAACGAGUCUGUUUUAAACCAGAAGGCUCCAAAAGUUUCUUCGCGACAAGUUGUAGCCCAAAACAUAGCACCACCGUUACCAAGACGGGACAAACAAAUUUCUAAUCCAGGUGACAUGUUUGAAAAAAGGUUACCUGAUAUUGAUACGAUGACAAUAGCAGACAUUGGCAGACUUUUACAUCGAUUGAAUCUUGAUAGUUAUGUUCACAUGUUUGCAGACUCUCUUGUUGAUGGAGUAAUUCUAAAGGAAUUCAACGAGGAAAUUCUAAAGGAUUUUGGAUUUUCACGGCUGGAAAUCAUCCGACUUAUGAAAUUUAUUCAGUGCGGUCAUGUCCCAAAGUAAGCGUAUAGACUGUGAAAUAAACUAAUCAUAGAUA